CCGCGACCCGACCCCGGAUAAGCGGAGGAAGAUGGAUGGAUGGAUGGAUGGAUGGAUGGAUGAUUACUCAACUUCUUCUCAAAGCAAAGGGUGACUUAGAACAGCGGGUCAAGACGUUCUGUGCACGACGAGGCCCAAACAGUUUAAGAUGAUAAUCGGUUUGUUUGACAAAUGUCAGUGUAUCAGUGGAUAACUAUUACAUAAGCAUAGCUACUACAAGUCUAACGUGCUUAGAGAGGAAAUCUAAAACAUGUCACCUUACAGUCUGACUGACAACGACCUGCAUUUUCUGUGGUUGAGUAUAUAAGUAUAGCUUUAUUCAUAUAGACUGUUGCAUGUUUCCAGUCAUAACGCGCAGAGCAAAGAUUCAGAUAACUCCUGUGUGGAUGUGUGCGCAUUGGGCUUAAACGGGCUCAAUUAAUUUAAAGAAAGUUUUAAAUGCUCUAUCUAAAUGGCCCUAAACCUUGCUUCCUUUUUGACCUUAGCGUGCACAAAUCCCUGUUUCAGGCCAAGACAGACUGUCAAUAACAGCCAACAGACAGCCUGUUUUAUGAUCCCCUUUAUAUCAAUAGAGCUGUGCUUGUGUCUGAUUAUCUUGUGAAUUUCCUCGGUGUAAAGGAAGGUUUAUAAUUAGAUUAAUCUUGGUUUAUGGAAGCCAAAUGUUUGCCCCAUUGGAAUGAUUAAAUUAAAAAAAAAGGACUGCAACAAAAAUUAAAUGGAAAUAAUAAUGCAUCCGUUUCAGGGAUUGAGUCACAAAAGCGUCAUGCAUUGUAACGAGUUAAUUUUUGCUUACGGUUAGAAAAAGGCCUAUUUCCCAAGAAGCGCGUGUAUUUCUCCACAAGGUGGAGCCCUUUAAUCGAGAAUGGAGGACUCCAGUACACUAUCAACCUCAAGCAACAGGCAGACGCUGUUCAUGCAAGCUCUCUCUCAGUGAGGAAAGCCUGUGGAUCACCUGACCGUGACAGAGUAGGUUAUUGGCUGAUGGUCUACCUGAGAUCAACUGUGAAUGACGGAAGAUGGAAAACUUGAAGGUUGGAAAAAGGUGAAGGUUUUUUGUGACCUUCACCUUUCACCUUUGACCCGCUCUUAUCAGUUGAGUUUAUUUAUGUAUAAUACUAUCUGUUUGCUUAUUAUGUAAAUAAAGUUUCUAAUGACACUGACAGUUUUUUUUAAAAAUAAGUGUAGUUGCAGCCCAAAUGUAAUACUGUCAAUCUUUAUUUUGUGCGCGCGCGCACACACACACACACACACUAUAACAGCAGCCAGGUUGCAGCCAUAGCAACGCCACCGGUGCGCUGUUAUCCUAAAGUGGGGUGUGUGGGUAUAUGCGUGUGUGUGGAAAGCAGAAGGCUGGCCGCCGCCCAGUCUCGCCAGGUUCAAGGUGCGGGGAGUGUCUGCCUGCCUGUCCGUCUGUCCGUCUUUGUUCUGUCUGUGAUGGACGGCGGCGAGGAGGAGCCCAAAUUCCAGCAGCCUCGACCACCUCAAGUCACCACCAGCUUGUCCGGACGCAAGGAUCAUGGGAGCAGCGGAGGAGCCGAGAUGAAGAAAUUCACGCCAGGAGGCGGAGCCGCGUCCACUGCGCGCAAAAACUCCAACAACCACGAGCUGUGGCUCCUGCGAGACGAGGACUCCGCACCUGUCAGUGGCAGCGCAGCCUCUGCUCUGUUGUGCCGGAGGGAUGCUGCUGCCGGAGGGUACGCACUCCCCGAGGUGGGCGUGAUAGCAGAGGGAGCCAUCGGCAUGAUAUGCAACAAAAACGGAGAUUGUAGAAGGGACCCGACCAGUUCAGGGAGCCUCUCCUCUCUCAUCUCAAGGCAGGAGAAGCAGGCGUAUGGAGUAGUGGCAGCUGAAGACGGGAAGGGGCAGGUUGCAAGCAUGGACGGCUCCAUCACUUCAGCGGGGUCCCUGACACAGGGGCCGGGCGCCGAGGUCAAGACCGCGGCUGCGAUGGAGAAAAAGGACUCCAGAGUUUCCUUCUCCAAAGCCCCGACUAGUAAAGGACAGACUCCGAGUCAGCAGUCGAGAAAUUCUGUCACGUUCUCCAAAGCUGAGGAUGGCUCUCAGAUAGUGCCGGAUGAUGGAGACUCCCGGGCGAACCUGACAUACAUGCAGCGGCAGUUUAGUUCCAUGCUUCAGCCCGGAGUUAACAAGUUCUCCCUGCGCAUGUUUGGCAGCCAGAAGGCAGUGGAGAAAGAGCAAGAGCGCGUAAAGUCAGCGGGUAAUUGGAUUAUCCACCCAUACAGCGACUUCAGGUUCUACUGGGACUUCACCAUGCUGAUGUUCAUGGUGGGAAACCUGAUCAUCAUCCCCGUGGGCAUCACCUUCUUCAAGGAAGAGACCACCACUCCCUGGAUCCUCUUCAACGUGGUGUCCGACACCUUCUUCCUCAUGGACCUGGUGCUGAACUUCCGGACCGGCAUCGUGUUCGAGGACAACACCGAGAUCAUCCUCGACCCCAAGAAGAUCAAGAAGAAGUACCUGCAGAGCUGGUUUGUUGUGGACUUCGUAUCUUCCAUACCUGUGGAUUAUAUCUUCCUCAUCGUAGAGAGAGGGAUGGACUCGGAGAUGUACAAGACGGCCCGGGCGCUCCGCAUUGUCCGCUUCACCAAGAUCCUCAGUCUGCUGCGGCUGCUGAGGCUCUCCAGACUAAUCCGGUACAUCCACCAAUGGGAGGAGAUCUUCCACAUGACCUAUGACCUCGCCAGUGCUGUGAUGCGAAUAUUCAACCUGAUUGGUAUGAUGCUGCUGCUGUGUCACUGGGAUGGCUGUCUCCAGUUCCUCGUUCCCAUGCUGCAGGACUUUCCGUCUGACUGCUGGGUCUCCCUCAACAAGAUGGUGAACGACUCGUGGACCGAGCUCUACUCCUUCGCCCUCUUUAAGGCCAUGAGUCACAUGCUGUGCAUUGGAUAUGGAAGACAAGCCCCAGAGAGCAUGUCGGACAUCUGGCUGACCAUGCUCAGCAUGAUCGUCGGAGCCACCUGCUACGCCAUGUUCAUCGGCCACGCGACCGCACUCAUCCAGUCUCUGGACUCAUCCAGGCGGCAAUACCAGGAAAAGUACAAACAAGUGGAGCAGUACAUGUCGUUCCACAAACUACCGGCAGACUUCCGACAGAAAAUCCAUGACUACUACGAGCACAGAUACCAGGGCAAGAUGUUUGAUGAAGAGAGCAUCCUGGAGGAGCUUAAUGAGCCUCUGCGCGAGGAAAUCGUCAACUUCAACUGCCGUAAGCUGGUGGCCACCAUGCCGCUGUUUGCCAAUGCCGAUCCCAACUUUGUGACAGCGAUGCUGACCAAACUGAGAUUUGAAGUUUUCCAGCCUGCAGACUACAUCAUCAGAGAGGGCACCAUCGGCAAGAAGAUGUACUUCAUCCAGCACGGGGUCGUCAGCGUCCUGACCAAAGGAAGCAUCGGCAUGAAGCUGAUGGACGGCUCCUACUUUGGAGAGAUCUGUCUGCUGACCCGUGGCAGACGGACGGCCAGUGUGCGAGCGGACACCUACUGUCGCCUGUACUCUCUCUCUGUGGACAAUUUCAACGAGGUCCUGGAGGAGUAUCCCAUGAUGAGGAGGGCCUUUGAGACGGUUGCCAUUGACAGAUUGGACAGGAUAGGCAAGAAAAACUCAAUCCUGAUGCACAAAGUUCAGCAUGAUCUGAACUCGGGUGUUUUCAACAACCACGAGAACGAGAUGAUCCAGGAGAUAGUUAAAUAUGAUCGGGAGAUGGUUCAGCAAGUUGAUGUGCCGCGACCGAGGGCCAUGUCCGUGUCAUCUCCUCUCCACGGUGGGAUCUUUAAUUCUCCAGGUUCCUCCACCCUUCCCCAGAAUUCAGCAAUUGGCACUCUGCAGCAGGCCGUAGCCAUGAACUUUUGUGCCCCCAUGCAAGGGAACUCGAUGGGAGCGGGGAACCUGCAGUCCCCCAGGAUGGUGAGGAGAUUCCAGGUGAUGGAGAGUGUGUCCAGCCCACUGCAGUCUCAGUUCCUUGCUUCUGGUGCCUUUGCUCCCGUCCUGUCCAGCCCUCCUGUCCAGAGUCCGCUGGCACUUGGAGGACGGUCUUUCCAGUAUGGAUCCGGUGCCCUGGCUGGUCCCACCUCAGGCUCCCAGCUUUCUCUAGCCCAGCAGCACAUGGCCAGCCCUGCACACCGGCCCAGCACACAUAAGAGUACUCACUCCUUGCAAAUGAGCAGUUUGAGCCAAGACGCCAGGGCACUGUCAGCCUCUCAGCCCUCACUGCCUCAUGAGGGGGCGCAACCAGGUGCCCCUAGUCCCCCCCAGUCUACACGAGUCUCCUCCACUUCCAUUGGACCCCCUCAGACCCCAUUAGGUCACACAGGCUCCCGGAGCGCUAUACCACAUAGGGUGGUACUGCCCCAUCAGAUGUCUGUUGGGUCCCUGCCUGGUCCUGUGCAGGGUUUUGGGGCUGGUGCAGGGCUGGGAGAAGGUGGUGCAGGAACAGGUCUGGGGGACUCGGGACUACCCAAGAAAGACUCUAUAGUGAGCCUUCCUGAGACAGACAACAUCAAAAUCAGAUCCAGGCUAUCCUCAAACUUGUGAUCUUAAUUAAACUCCUGUGGGGGAGUGACUCAGCGAGGGGCUUGACUGCAGGAACACGGGGGGGAUUUCUGCUCUUUCUCCUAAAGUUCCUCUUCUCUCUCCACUCCAGUUUGACUAUCCAAAUGUAUGAACGCUGAGUGAGUGACAGCAGGGAGAAGACUGUUCUCACAUAAAGUCUGUAUGGUGACUUUUGAAACUGCAGCAUUGAGAUGUUUCUACUCACAGGAAUAGUAGUUGCACAGUAGUGGUAAAGUAGCAUCUCCAACUCCUUUAUUUACUGUGUUUUAGUCAACAACAUAUGGGUAUAUCUAUAACUCAUCAACCCUGUUUCCAGUAGCAAAAGGCAGCAGUUUUCAGCAAGAAAAGCCCCCUUAAACCCCAUGAUGUGAGACCUGCACAUUUAGCAAGCCAAAGAAACAGAUAUUCUUUGGUUGGUGUCGACUAAACCAGAUCUAAAAGACGAGUAAAUACAUAGAAAUAGGUGACCAGAGAGUCGGCUCCAGUUGGAUUGUAGAGUUGCUCGUGUCUGCUGGAUGUGUAAGUAGCCGUUUCUUUGGUAACUCGUCUGCCACAACAACUUGAUGAAGUAAUUAUAUGUCGGGGCUGUCAGCUUGUGUUUUGUUUACGUUGCCCCAAGUGGCCAAAAACUAAUUAAUGCAGCUUCAAGAUUCAGGAGUUAAUAACAAGAUCCAAUAAAAGUAUACCUGACGAAAAGACACUUCUACUCAACAGCAGAUGUGGUGUCUGAAUUAAGGGGUUUAGUCAUGCGAGUAGUAACAUCCGACACUUUGUGAAAAGUAUUCUGUUGUAUCUUUAGAAAUUAUAAUUCACUGCCAGGUAAUUACUAAAGAAUUUUGUACGACUCAAAAAAUAUAAAUCCAUUCAAACUCACAAAAUCAAAAUCAUUUAUAAAUGCAUUCUUUUCUAACCCAGAAUCCCACAUUUCUUGUAGCAGCAGUUUGGGCAACGUGUCACUAUGCCAAAAAGUCACACAGAUGAGGAAACUUCACCUUAAUGUAAACGCUGCAGCUUUCAUCAACAGCCGAGGUACCUUGCAGGAUGUAUAUUGCUGUGUGCCUCUGUCAUCAAUGCCUCGAUAAGAGUCCAUCGGAUACCGCUGGUUUGUGUCCAAAAGCGUUGUAAAAAAGGGAACCUUUUCUCCCGGACAUGUCGUUCCAUUCACCUCGUCUCAUUAAUGCCUGCACCAUUACUGGGUAAUGAGAGUGGGAAUUGGAAUCCCUCGGGUCUGUUUGGGACUAUUAAUAUUCUCCUUCGAUUGGAUUUCAUUAUUCAUUGCCAGUGAUGAGUUCCUCCUCCGUGAUCGUUUUGCAUUUUAAUGUUUUACUUUCAGUUCCUGCGUUGUUAUCCACCUUGAGAGUUCUGGAUGGGACAGAGUUGAAGGUUUGUAAGUAUUUUUAUACAGUGUUUUUGAGGUCUGUUGUGUUUUUGUUUCAUGCCCCGUGGAACCUAUUUGGAUCCUCGGAAAUAAUUAGCAUAGAGGCUCGUUAUGAGAAUAGUGUUUUACUGAACUUCACGUUGUGUCGUGGAGUUUACUCUCUUAGGACAAGAAAUGCAUUUAGUGACAAACUAAGUAUGUAGACAUUUUUUACUUCAUUAGAAGGCCCACAAUACAGGAAGACAGGAUGAAAUGCGGCAGUAGCUAAACCUUAAUCACAAGCAGAUAAUAAUAACUCAAGUGCAAUGAUCCUUAACAACCACACCAUUUCAAUAAAUGCUGACGAAUGAACAGAGUGAAACCAAAGUUACAUUUUUUGUAUGCAAGUGUUUCAAAAUGUCAAGAUGUGAAUGACUUGUCAGCGACUGAUUCAUCCUCACUAACUCAACGUACCAAUCAGAGAGUAGUACACUAAACAUAUUCAGUCAUAUUUUACAGCAAUAGUUGUUUAAUAAAAGAGUAAGAUGAAGUACUGUUGUAUCCUUGAGGUGUUGAUGGAGCUGCAAUAUUUGACCUUUGGAUUCAAUAUUUGACCUUUGGAUUCAUUUUGUCUAUUAGUUUGAAGUCUUUUAGGAAGAACUUAAACAGAUGUUCAAUUUAUAUCUGCGCUCUUUGCUUACAAUGACUUGAGUGACAUGGUUGUUAUUUCUGUGUGUAGACGUCAUGUAAACCAGACUAUUUAUUUAUUUAGCCUAGUUUACUGUAACUGUAGACAUACGGAAAAUGUUUGAAAAUGGAAUAUCUUUUUAAUCUUUGACGAAAUGCAUAUUUAUCAUCUGGUUUGAACAGAUAUUACUUGAUCAUAUAAUUAAAGCAGAACAAAACAGUUUGCAUUACAACAGAUGUAUCACUUCUUUUCCUACAGUCGCUCACAGUACCGCCCACCGUCUGUAUAAUCCUGUGCCAGUUGCUGUGAGAUCUGCAUGGUUUUUUUUCUAUUGUGUAUGUUUUAUUUGUUUAUUUAGUAAUCUAAUCUCAUACUCCAGUCCAUUUGCAAGUCUUGGUGCUUUGACCAACGCUGCUUUCUGACUUUUUCCCCUUUUUAUGUCUAAUUAGCAUGUUGCCCAAAACUCUGUAAAUGCACUUUUCUCUCUUUUUGCGACUUUACAAACAUAUUUAGUGUUAUGUAAAUGUUACAACACCGCAGCUGUUUAACAUUCUUAGUACACCUUCCAUGCUUUGGGAGGGAUGGCGUCUGUACCACACGCACACACACACACAUGCGGAAGCAACAACAUCCACUGAAGUAUUUGUGUUUGCCAAGUUGUGAACUUUCAAAAUGCUUUUUUUCAAAGAUUUUCUUCAUGGAUCCUAAUUUUUCCUGUUGCCAAUGCUACAGCUUCUCCAGAGUUCAAACUUUAUUCCAUCCCAACGUGUCUUUGGGUUCAUCAGUGACGGUAAAGCACAGAGAUUCAGAGCGUAAGGGCUGCUCAUUUGGAUUGAGCAAAGAUGUGAUUUUUGGUCUCUAACUCACACAAGUGCAUUCAUGCAGAUGAAUUCUCUCUUACUGACAAAUAACGACACGUACAGAAACACUGAAAAGACAGAUUUUUUUUUUAAUACUAGUUGUUUCUGUAUUUAAAAACAGCGAUCAUUCGGAACUAGUUUGUCAUGUCCUUUACAUCCCUGCUUUUUGUUGGCCGAACUCUUUCUUGCUUUCUUCAUCAGAUCCCAGACCCGUAAGUGACAUUCAAUAAUACAGUGACCGAGUACAAAGCUAACAACAAUUCCAAAACCAAAUCAUACCGAAGCACUACAGGCAAGAUAAUGUACACUGAGGUCUUUAACGGUAAUCAUGAUUUCCCUUGAAUCAAACGGGCAAUCUCAGGCAGUCGCUGUUUGUGCAAUCAGACGAUAACUGUGCAGUAGAUGAGUUUCUGCGUGAAGGAUCAGAUUUUCUUUUACUGAGCCACGCUACCGUCGUCACAUCCCAUUACAUGUAUUGUGCAUACCUGGUGCCUAGCAUAUAUACUGUAGUCUCCGCAUACAUGGACAAUAUUCUUUGUGUAUGUGGCUGUAAAAAAUGAAAGCAAGCUCCUCACAAUACAAACAUCGCUCUCACUUAAAUGAGUUAGCAUAUUGGAAAAGCAGAAAAAGAUCAUGGUAAUUUUGCAUAUUCUUGAUAGAAGCAAAACCUCUUAAUGCAAUAAAGGAACGUGAUGGUGAAUGUCUCUGCUUUCUGUUAGUCAUGACAUGAUGUGUCAAAGUUAUGAUGGCCUCUGAAUCUUUGUUAUUGAUUGUUUACAUUUAAUAUCAUCUGAUUAUCUGCCUGAUUAUCAAUAUAAGAAAUACCCUUCAAAUGCAGUAAAAGAUUGCAAUAUUACUUGUGUGGUACAUUGGAUUCAUAUGUUGAGUGUUUAAAUGCUUUGAUUAUGAAAUGUGACAUUUUUCAAAGCCUUCGUAUGGGUAGUUGUUCAUAUUUUAGAAUGCAACUGGUUAUAUCUUAAUAAAAAAGCCUUUAAAAACGUCUUAAUGUUAUUGUAUUGUAUGGCAUAAAAAAUCAAAAGAAAAUCCAUAAUAUAGUAUAGCGUCAUAAUAAAGUAUGCCAUAUAAUGUAAUUAAAAAACUAUUUUAUGACUUGUUUUUGCUAGGGCAUAC